ACACACGCACGAGCUUCGAUGUACACGAAUCGAUAAUGUACCUCUGUCGCGGUUCACAGUAGUUGUAUUCACACGCAUGCAACCGUUGCGUCUGCGCGUAGGCCGUAGGAUUCAGAAGCUAUACACGUUCCCCCCUUUUUUUUUCGGUGCAAUUCAUUACGUAAUACGCUGCGCUGAAAGAACGAGUCGCUCUGUUGCACUAGAAUCUACACAGCCACGCCAGUCGGUAUUUCACAAAUAACAGAUGUUCUGAAACAAUAAAUUCCAUUACAAUUGGUUCUAAUAAAAGCCCAGCUAGCCACAAUAAUAUUUCCAACUUAAUAAUUCCAAUCAAUAUUCUCUAAGAUAAACAAUGGACCCACAAGAAUCAUCUGAUAUCGGCGACAUUACUAAACGUUCAUUACAUAAUAGAAAGUCAUUAUUUAAUUUUUCUCCCAAGAAAAAAGAAUAUUUUUCAUCUUUUGACCAAAAAGAUAAUGUUUGGGUAGAACAUUGUUUUAUAACUGCAUUUGCGGAAAGGAAUGCAUCAAACGAACAUUUGUUUAAAGGAGUACGCCUUCCGACUUACGUGCAAUAUUCUGCAGUUUGUGUUAAGUGCAGACUUCGAUCAUGUACUACGAUUUGUGAAAAAUGUCAAGAUGAAUUCAAUCUUAGUGCUGAAGCAAUUAAAGAUCCUACUAAACGAUAUAUUACCACUAUGAAGUUGAUUGUCGAGAAGACUACUGAUGUUCCUUCAAGUUCUUCUAUUGAUACCAUAAAUACAAAGGAUGACAAGCAGACAAAGAAACUUGAAGAAGAAAAAGCAGAUAAUAAUAUUGAUGAGUUUGAAAGUAAAAAUCUCCAUUCUGAACAACAUGAAGUUAUCCAAGAGAAUAAUGAAAUAGAAGAAUCUUUAUCAGACAAUGAAUCUUCAUCUAGAAGUAACGAUAAUGAAUCUGUACCAAGUGCUAGUGGAGGUGACAUUAUAUAUCCACACAUAAUUAUUGAUAAUUCUAAUAUUCGCUGUACAGUAUUAUAUUAGUAUGAUUGACAAACCUAAAAAGUAAAAACUAAUCUUAAUUUCUUUAAAUUAAAAUGUAAUUGAUUUGAAAAAUAUUUUUUGUGUGUUUAUAUUUUUUAUAAAAUUAAAUUAGUGUAAUAUUAAAUUAUAAAUAAAUUGAUUGAAUAAAAAUUACUUAAUAGUACACUAUAAUGUAUCGUCUUUUUGUUAAACUAUUUUGUUUAAUAUAAUAUUAUAUUGUUUUACAUACUUUGUUUAUACUAUUUUUUAAGUAUUCAUAAAUAGUAAUAAAAUAUGAUAAUUUGACGCUUAUUGUAUUACCUAUUGGUCUUUUACAUUGUGGCCAAUUCGUAACAUGAUCAGAGCCAGAUUUAAGAUUUUUAUGGCCUUAUAAGAGCACUUAAGAGAAUU